AUGGGCGUCAUCAAGAAGAAGACGGGCACGCGGGGCACCGAGGGCGGCAUCAAGUAUGUCUGCGACGUGUGCUCGGCCGACAUCACCUCCACCGUGCGCAUCCGCUGCGCCAACGACGACGUCUGCCACGAGUACGACCUGUGCGUGCCGUGCUUCUCGGACGGCCGCCAUUCGCGCGACCACGACCCGGCCACGCACUCGUUCAAGGUCGUCGAGCAGCAUUCGAUUCCCAUCUACACCGAGGACUGGGGCGCCGACGAGGAGCUGGCCCUGCUGGAGGGCGCCGAGACGUAUGGCCUGGGCUCGUGGGCCGACAUCGCCGACCACAUUGGCGGCUUCCGCGAGCGCGACGAGGUGCGCGACCACUACAUCGACACGUACGUCGCGAGCUCGCGCUUCCCGCUGCCCGAGCACGCGAGCAAGGACGACACCACCCUCAGCGACCGCAUCCCGCGCUCCGAGUUCCAGGCGCGUAAGAAGCGCCGCAUAGAGGAGAAGAAGGAGGAGGUCAAGAAUGCCGCGCCCGCCACCCCCAAGCAGAAGCCGACCGCCAGUGUCCCCUCGUGCCACGAGGUCCAGGGCUACAUGCCCGGCCGUCUGGAGUUCGAGACCGAGUAUUUCAACGAGGCCGAAGAGGCCGUCCAGCACAUGUCCUUUGAGCCCGGCGACGGCCUCAACCCCCGGACCGGCGAGAUGGAGCCGGAGAUGGAGCUGAAGAUGACCAUCAUGGACAUCUACAACUCGCGCCUGGACGCUCGUGUGGAACGGAAGAAGAUCAUCUUCGAGCACAGGCUGCUGGAGUACCGGAAGAACCAGGCCGCCGACAAGAAGCGCACCAAGGAGGAGAAGGAUCUGCUGAACAAGGCGAAACCCUUCGCCCGCAUGAUGCAGCACGACGACUUUGACACCUUCUGCAAGGAUCUGGAGUACGAGCAUAACCUGCGCCAGGCCAUUUCCCAGCUGCAGGAGUGGAGGAACAUGCAGAUCACGAACCUCAAGGCGGGCGAGAAGUACGAGUCGGAGAAGCAGACACGGCAGUCGCGAGGACCCCCCGUGGGACAGUUCGACCGCCUGGCCUCCAGCAGGAUUGGCAAGCCGACGCCGCCAUUCGAGCAGCCGUCUGCUGCAACCGCUCUGAUAGCGUCAGAGCUGCCGCUCCACAUUAAGCAGCGGAGCGGCCUCACGACUCCACCCCCCGACAAGACGGCAAACGGCACCAACGGCGUCCUGACACCACAGCACACCAAGACAAAGUUCCAGGUCAAGUCGCUACCGGGUACCGUACCACUCAAGUUCGGCAAGGAGUCGGCCGCCGACCUGCAGCUGCUGACACCCGAGGAACGCGAACUGUGCAGCGUACUGCGCAUCAUGCCCAAGCCGUACAACGCGCUCAAGGAGAAGAUGGCGCGCGCAGCACUGAGCAACAACGGCGUCCUCAACAAGAAGACGGCCAAGGAGCUGCUGGGGAUUGACACGAAGAAGUCGUCGCAGCUGUACGAGUAUUUUGUGCACAGCGGGUGGGUCUCACGGGUCUAG